AGAGCGGAGCGGCGAUGAUUGCCACACCGAGCUCUUCCAAUCGGAGCCGCCGCAGCCCUGGCGUCGGAGAGCUGGCGGCCGGCUAUAUAAGCUCGGCUGACGGCUCGAUGAUCCAGUCCCGUCGUCCGACCUCCUCUCCCGGACUACUAAACACUGAGACUACCAGAGAUCGAGACUACGGAACACCUCGAGACUAACGAAGCCCUCCGAGAACUACCGAGACUACGAGAUGAAAGCCAUCAGCCCCGCGCGCUCCUUCCGGAUAAACGGCUCCAGCCUGUCGGACCACGCUCUGAUCUCCCGGAGCAAGACCCCCGCAGACGACCCCCUCAGCCUGCUGCUCAACAUGAACGACUGCUACUCCAAGCUGCGGGAACUCGUGCCUAGCAUCCCGCAGAACAAGAGCGUGAGCAAGAUGGAGAUCCUGCAGCAUGUGAUCGACUACAUCCUGGACCUGCAGCUCGCGCUGGACUCCAGUGUCGCGAUAACGAGUCUGCAGCACGCGCGGCCCCCGCUGAGCGCGCUCAACACGGACAUCAGCGUUCUGUCCCUCCAGUCUCCGGAGUGUCCGUCAGACCUGACAGAUGACAGCCGAGCUCAGCGACGUUAAAGCGGUGUUUGGUCAAGACACACAGCACACAGACACACACACGCACGCACACGCACGAACAGGGGAGCAGGACUUCCCCCUCCCCCACAUGGAUUUCUUUCUUGUGACGUUGACAUCAAGAGACUUUAGGCCGUACGGGACAAUCUUAUGUGAUGUGUUUUCUGUUGGACUCGUUUAAUUUAACUUAAGACUUUGUCGGACCUUCCUGGAAUCGGAAGGUCGUUCUCAUGACGACGGGAGGAAGAGUAGGAGGAGACGCCCCCCACCCCCGCAUCUCCUCGUUGAAGACUUCGCUUUUUUUCUGCGGAGGCCGGACGCGGAGGAAGACUCGGUUUGUUGUGAAGUUUCGUCUCGUCUCGUCGGCACGUGAAGGACUGGACGUUGUUAAAAAAAAAAAGAAUUGAGAGAAUGAGAAGCUCGUGAACUCGUAUUGGAGUUUGAUCUUGUGUAUAGUUGCGGGAAUUUCAAACUUCUGCAAAAGUGUAAUGCUGUACUUAAUUAUGCUGAAACUUUUUAUAAAAGUAAUGUAAAUCGUACCUUUUUUUUUUUAUACAAAAUAAAUCCAAAAGGCCACGUGAAUAUCUAUUACUGUAAAUAAUAUAAAGUGUAAAAAUAUGGGAAGUCAUAUGAAAUCGUUGUAUGAAGUGUAAUUUACGCAUUGGUCGGUUUGAAUUUGGACUCUGGUCUAGAGUCCAGCCUCUGGUCUUGUGUCCAGACUCCGGUCUAGGGUCCAGACUCUGGUCUAGGUCCAGCCUGCGAGCUGUAGGAAAAGGUAAACCUCAUGCGGGCUGCCCAAACUGGAUUAAACAGUUAACCAUGAAGACGGUGCUACCAAUAGUCUUCAAGACGAUGGUUGUAGUCAUAUUUAUUAAAAUUGUUCUCAAAAUGAAUUUCAAAUAAAAUGGGCAAUCUUGUAAAAAGG